ACAUGUUGCUGCUGCACCGGAGAUCGAUAUAUUAAUUACUGUAGAUCCAUGUAUCACCCACUGUACACGCAGCCUACAGAAAGACCAAUGAGAUGUGAUGCGAUGAGUCCCGACGUGGUGGAACUCCUCUCCUCUCCUGGCCGAUGCGCGCUCCUCCUCCCCGCCUGUGUGGUUUUUUCUUUUCUUGGCUCCACUCUGGCAGUGGUGAUCAGCGAGCUUUCGGCAGCCAGCCACCAGCUUUCUCGAAACACGAUCCGGGAGUGGGGACUGCAGGGAGGAGGGUCGGGGGUCCAUCCUGUGCAGAGCAGUGUGCAGUGAUGCAUAUCUCAUCCCCAGAAAGCCACGGGUGUUUUGGCUCUGCGGUAGAGUUUGCGCCCAAGGCAGUGUGGGCUGAUCUGGCCGUGCGCACUACUUCCCACAGUACGACGGCUGCUGCCCGCAAUGCGUUGGCCGAAAGAAGUCCGAGAGAUCCUGGUCCGGGCAUGAGAAUUUUGACAGGGGGUUCUUCUCUCGCCAAGGUCAGAUGCGUGACUGGUGUGCACAUGUGUGGUCGACAUGCGACGAGGGGAUCGACGGGCAUCGUGAACAGAGAGGUCGCCUGUGUAGAUUAAUCUCGGGAUGUAUAUACAGGUAAUUAUAGAGACGGCAGAUGUACAUAUGUAUGUCCCUCUACACAAUUAUAAUAUAUCGACCAAUCUCCGAGUACGAGGAGGAGCAGAAGAGGAUAGAUGAGAGAUAUCGUGGAAAUCACACACAGUCAGGGCAGAGCGAAGAGGCGCAUCAUCAGCCCUGCCCUUUCCUGGUCGUAGAUGACACGCGC